GGGCAUCAACCACGAGUGCAAGCUGUGUAACCAGAUGUUUGACUCCCCGGCCAAGCUCCUGUGCCACCUGAUCGAGCACAGCUUCGAGGGCAUGGGUGGCACCUUCAAGUGCCCCGUCUGCUUCACAGUGUUUGUCCAAGCCAAUAAGCUGCAGCAGCAUAUCUUUGCUGUCCACGGACAGGAAGACAAGAUCUACGACUGCUCCCAGUGUCCACAGAAGUUCUUCUUCCAGACAGAACUCCAGAACCACACACUGAGUCAGCACGCGCAGUGAGACCGGGCCCGGCAGGACUCCCGGCUCAGCCCGGAUCCCCGACCCACACCCUGCGGGGGAGGAUCAUUUCAACAUCACAGCCAAUCAAAGUGUCAUUUGCUACUCACAUGUAAAACUCUAACGAUUCCACCACCAGGCGCAGCUAUUACGAGCAGUGGGGAAUGAAUAUUAAUGGGAUCUGCUAUUAAAAAGGAAAACGGAGAGAGAGAGACGAGAGAGUGAGAGAGUGAGAGAAAGAAAAAGAGAAAGAAAGAGAGAGAGGAGGGAAUAAAGGAGAUGGAGUGGGAGAAAGGUAUUCUACGUGCAGUAUUUUUUAUCGUCCCUGCUUCCCACUUGUGAAGGUUUUUUUCUUCUUUUCCUAUUUUUUGGAACAAAAGAAAAAAUGAAGGAAAAAAAAACCUUGUCUGAUUUUAGUCUUUAGAAAAUGUUUCACUUCUCUUGUCCUCUGUUGCUUCCCGUAUCCAACUUUAGAGCCUGUUUUCCUUCCUCUUUUUAUUUUUGUCCUUUUAUGUUUUUUUUGUUUUUGUUUUUGUUUUUUUUCUGUCUGGUUUUUUGUACCUUUAAGUUCUUGCAAAUUGGUACUUGUGGUGUGUUGUGAUUGCUUGCCAGUCGUAAUAUUUUUUUUUCCUUUUUAUUAUUAUUGUUAAAUAUUUUCUUUUUUCUAAUUACAAUUUUAAAAAGGCAAAAAACAAAUAAAGAUACAAAAAAAAACAAAUGUAAUGGUUUGAUUGGAUUUUCCGGUUUAUGGGCCUUAUGGUUGUUGUAAAAAUGAAUAUCAUCAAUUUCAGUGCAACUGGAUGAUGUCUGCUUUUUAAAUGUGAAUUAACCAGAUUGCAAUAACUAGUACCGUUGAAAAAAUAAACAAAUAAAUAAAAACGUGAAUAAAG